CCCUCAAUCCCGCACCUCCCCGCUUCGCCUCAGCGCUCUGGCGGCGGCGGCGCCGACCGCGUGUUCCUCCUUCCGCGGCGGCAUCGCGGGGGGCUCCGAUCGCCACCCCCGGGACACCCCCACACCCACCCAGCCAUCCCCGUACCCCCCCCCUUCCCCCCGGAGCGGCACCAUGGCUUGUGGAGUUACGGCGGGACCGGCUGGACGGAGCUGAGCGGCCGCCCCCGGGGCGGGGGGAGCGGCAGCGGCGGCAGCAGCAGCAGCGGCGGCGGCGGCCCCGAUCCGCACUUCGCAUGUCCGCGGCGCCCGGGAAGUCGGAUGUUUCUCGGCCUCUCCGGGAGCUCUCCGGGCACCAGCAGCUCACGUCGCGAUCUCCGUAACGAGACACGGCGAGGUUGGCUCCAGUGACCGCGCCCCAACCCUGCCAUGUACCCCCAGGGCCGGCACCCGGCUCCGCACCAGCCGGGCCAACCGGGCUUCAAAUUCACCGUAGCCGAAUCUUGCGAUCGGAUCAAGGACGAGUUCCAGUUCCUGCAAGCCCAGUACCACAGCCUGAAAGUGGAGUAUGAUAAGCUGGCGAACGAGAAGACAGAAAUGCAGCGCCAUUACGUUAUGUACUAUGAAAUGUCAUACGGUUUGAAUAUUGAGAUGCACAAACAGACAGAAAUUGCUAAAAGACUGAAUACCAUUUUAGCCCAGAUCAUGCCUUUUCUGUCACAAGAGCACCAACAGCAAGUGGCACAGGCUGUUGAGCGUGCCAAGCAAGUGACAAUGACGGAGUUGAAUGCUAUCAUCGGGCAGCAGCAGCUCCAGGCCCAGCACCUCUCCCACGCUGCCCACGGGCCCCCUGUGCAGCUCCCACCUCACCCCUCGGGGCUGCAGCCCCCGGGCAUCCCCCCAGUCACUGGCAGCAGCUCGGGGCUGCUGGCCCUGGGGGCCCUGGGCAGCCAAGCACAUCUUGCUGUCAAGGAUGAGAAAAACCACCACGACCUGGACCACAGAGAGCGAGACUCAAGCGCAAACAAUUCCGUUUCCCCCUCGGAAAGCCUGAGAGCCAGCGAGAAGCACCGGAGCUCCACCGACUACAGCAUCGACUCCAAGAAGAGGAAAGCUGAGGAGAAGGACAGCAUGAGCAGAUAUGACAGCGAUGGUGACAAAAGCGAUGACCUGGUGGUCGAUGUCUCCAACGAGGACCCUGCCACCCCCCGGGUCAGCCCAGCCCACUCCCCCCCAGAGAACGGCAUCGACAAGGCCCGUGGGCUGAAGAAGGGGGAUGCCCCCAACAGCCCGGCCUCCGUGGCCUCCUCCAGCAGCACUCCCUCCUCCAAGACCAAGGACCUGGGCCACAAUGACAAGUCCUCAACACCCGGGCUCAAGUCCAACACUCCCACGCCGAGGAACGACGCUCCCACCCCGGGGACGAGCAGCACCCCGGGGCUGAGGCCAAUGCCUGGCAAGCCCAGUGGCAUGGACCCUCUGGCCUCUGCCCUGAGGACCCCCAUCUCCAUUGCGGGUUCCUACGCGGGUCCCUUUGCCAUGAUGGGACACCACGAGAUGAAUGGUUCCCUCACCAGCCCCGGGGCCUACGCGGGGCUCCACAACAUCCCCCCCCAGAUGAGCGCCGCUGCCGCCGCCGCUGCCGCCUACGGCCGGUCGCCAAUGGUUGGUUUCGACCCACACCCACCCAUGAGAGCCCCUGGCCUGCCCUCCAGCCUGGCCUCCAUCCCUGGCGGGAAGCCGGCUUACUCCUUCCACGUGAGUGCUGAUGGGCAGAUGCAGCCUGUCCCUUUCCCCCACGACGCCCUGGCGGGUCCCGGCAUCCCCCGGCACGCCCGGCAGAUCAACACCCUGAGCCACGGGGAGGUGGUGUGUGCUGUCACCAUCAGCAACCCCACCAGGCACGUCUACACGGGGGGAAAAGGCUGUGUGAAGAUCUGGGACAUCAGCCAGCCAGGCAGCAAGAGCCCCAUCUCACAGCUGGACUGCCUGAACAGGGAUAACUACAUCCGCUCCUGCAAGCUGCUGCCCGACGGCCGCACGCUGAGUGGGGGGGAAGCCAGCACCCUCACCAUCUGGGACCUGGCUUCCCCCCCCCGGAUCAAGGCUGAGCUCACCUCUUCUGCCCCUGCCUGCUACGCCCUGGCCAUCAGCCCCGAUGCCAAAGUCUGCUUCUCCUGCUGCAGUGAUGGCAACAUCGCCGUCUGGGACCUGCACAACCAGACCCUGGUCAGGCAAUUCCAAGGCCACACAGAUGGUGCCAGCUGCAUAGACAUCUCCCACGAUGGUACAAAGCUGUGGACAGGGGGUCUGGACAACACCGUGCGUUCCUGGGACCUGCGGGAAGGGAGGCAGCUCCAGCAGCACGACUUCACCUCCCAGAUCUUCUCCCUGGGGUACUGCCCAACGGGUGAGUGGCUGGCAGUGGGCAUGGAGAGCAGCAACGUGGAGGUGCUGCACCACACAAAGCCUGACAAGUACCAGCUGCACCUCCACGAGAGCUGUGUCCUCUCCCUCAAGUUCGCCUACUGUGGGAAAUGGUUUGUGAGUACUGGGAAAGACAACCUGCUCAAUGCCUGGAGGACGCCCUACGGAGCGAGCAUCUUCCAGUCCAAGGAAUCCUCGUCCGUCUUAAGUUGUGACAUUUCAGCAGAUGACAAGUACAUCGUCACGGGCUCUGGUGACAAGAAAGCCACAGUCUACGAGGUCAUCUACUAAUGACUGCCUGCUUUGGUGGCAGGGCACAGGACUCCCAGCACUGCAGGACUCGGGGGGCUCAGGGGGGGGCUGCCAGGGGGUGGCCCCCAGGGCUCUGCCUGGAUGGAGAGCCCGGCCCCACAAACACACACGGAUUUAUUUGGAGGUCUGCAAAUAUGGCACACAUUGGAGCCCUAAAUGGAUUUUUCCUUUGGUUUUUAGGGUUUUUGGGGGUUUAUUUUGAAUUUUUAUUUUUUUUUUUUUUCUCCCUGGUUUCUGGUUCUUUCCAUCUGCGCUUUGGUGGCACUAUAAAGGACUGGUAUUUUUUUUUUUUUUGUUUUUUUUUUUUAUUAUUGUGACUUUCUUUGUUUUUUUUUUUUUUUUUGUGCAUCCUGCAUAAAACUUGUGAAAAAUGUAAAUAAUGGACUAGUAAAUAGCAUUGGAAGGGUGGGGGGGCCCCUCCUGGUACACUAGAGUUGUGUAUUUUUUGUCUGCUGUAUUUGUAUCCCACUGAUGGGUUUGGUGGUGGUGGCAACUUUUUAUUUUUUUUUUUUUUCCCAACUUUUUUCAAUUUUUUUGGGGGGUUUUUUUUCGGGUUUUUCCCACCCCAACCCAUCGGUGGGGAUGUGACUUUGGCCGUGCCAGCUGAGCAAAAAAAAAAAACAAAAAAACAAAAAAAAAAGAUGCUGUCCACUGGUGAAAAGUUGUUCCUGCUGUCGUGCCCGUGCGUUGUUCGGUGUUUUAGUGAUGGUGGGGACACUGCUGGGACCCUCGGCUGCUUGGCAGGACAUCAGCAAACACAAUCACCUGGUUUUUGGGUUUUUUUUUUUUUUUUAUAUGUGGAUUAUUUUGGUUUGUUUUUUUUUUUUUUUUUUUUUUUUAAUUUUUUUAUUUUAUUUUAUUUUCCUGCUCGUGUGUUUGAAGCUGCGGGAUCGUCUGAGGAAAAGCCCUUCUUGGUCUUUUGGGAGAGAAGCAAUGAGGAUUGCAAAGGAAGCAAAAGUUUUAAAAAAAGAAAAAAAAAAGAAAAGAAAAAAAAAAAUAUUAAUUUCAGCUCAGGGAGCCAACGAAAGAUAAUAGCAACUUCAUGUGUUUUGUAUUCAAAUGAAAGUAAAGAAUUAGAAUUGAUAACUUUAAAAAAAAAAAAAAAAA